AUGGACAUACAAGAACAUGGAAACCACAUGCAUGUUUAUCCAGCAACAACAAGUGGUCAUAAUGUAAUAUCUGGCGUGGAAGCACACCAACAUGAAAACCACAUGCAUGUUGACCCAACAACAAGUGGUGCAAAAGAAGCAUAUGGCUCCAUGUAUUCACAAGUUUCGCCUUCAUGCGAAAAUAUUUCUAACAGAACAGUUGCGGGCUUGAAUGCAACCCAGGCCGCAUCACCCCAUUUGGAGUCUCAUUAUGCUGCACAAAACAAGCUCGCUCAACAUUUUGAAAUCGUUGAUGAAUCUACGCUAGCACAAAAGAGAACCACUAAAAGAGUUAAAACAACACCUCCUUCUCAACAAUUGAAUGAAUCCAGCAGUCAUGGUGGACAUGAGAAAAUGUCGUCAUUUGGGAAAAUUUAUGCCUUCGAAAAGUCUUUGUUUUCUGAUAAUUGCAAAUUUAUUGAAAAUUAUUAUGUACUUCCUGCAAAUACUGAGCGAGACAGACAGAAAACAAUGAGCCAAGGGAAAAAGAAUGUUUGUUAUGAGGACACGAGUCGUACAGGUUAUUCCAAUAAUUUGAUCAGCACAUGCAACACAAAAUAUUCAAGCAAUCAACUCGAAAGCUCACAACAAUCAAGUGAGGAUCCUUUUCUUAAAAACUCGCAAAGCUUCGUAUGUGUUGAAGAAGAUUUGUCGAAUUUUCAAAGAAUACCAUCAACCCAGUCCCACCAUCCAACUCUUUUACCACCUUUGGACAUCUCCCACUUUACGUCGAUGGAGCUUCAACAAUUUGGUUUUUUCUUAUUGCCUUCCAAUCCUGAAAAAACGAGCGUUCACACUCAAGAAACGGAAAACCUAAAGAACGUUAUUAAUCUAUGUUAUGACCUCAUCCAGAGAAGACACCGAUGA